AUGCACUUGAUAACCAACAACCUUAAUAACCUAAAUCUCAACCGACGAACUUAUGUUGGUUUCGGGGACGAAAAUACACCAGAUCACGUUCCGUUACCAGAUCACGUUCCGUUACCAGAUCACGUUCCGUUCUGUCCGUCAAGCAAUUUCGCAACAAAAUUGCAUGAUAUUCCGCGUUAUCUUUUUCGUGUUUAUUCAGAUACGUCUGCAGGAGAAAACGAUAGCCAAUGGAUGAAAUCCCCCGACGCGCUGAAGAACAACUUGACAGACAUAUUUACACGGGAUGCUUCAACUAUUGCUGUAACUCUCAACGAGCAUCUUAGGUGGUCGAAAAAAAAAUCAAACGGAGAUCCUUUUAUAUCAUGGACAACUUCGCUUCUUUUCGCAAUCCAGCACGCUAUCUUCAAGCAUAAGAAGGAACAGGCCGAACUGAACACGAUUUAUCUGUGCAUUAUUGACACUACUGAAUUUCCCGACGGAGUGUUCGUAAAAGAACUCGACCUGAUCGAGGAAUUUCACGACAAGGUCCCUGAUAAAGACAGUCCAUAUAACUGGAAGAAAAGGGGGCUCAGCAGCCUCCAUGAGCUGCGGAACAAGAAACAUAGGACCUAUUCUGGCGUUUACAACUUCGGAGAAUACCUUUCACAGGGGCAGACCAACAUUAAUGCCCGUUCAUGCACAGUGCCUUGCGAUAAGAUUAUUAAUAAUCACUUGUUUGCUAUUAUGCCCCAAUUCAGACUCGAAAUGGAAGACAACACUCCAUCCUUGGCAGAGGCAGUAAUAAAGCUUCGAGAGCCGUACUACCACAUUAUGGAGCAAGGGGCAAUAAAUAAUUCUGAAUUCGCCGCGGCAAAGGCGAUAGCUUUGGAAUUUAAGGCGGGAUGGUCUCUGCCUGUGCUAGCCAAUUUACUUGCUCUGAAUCCUCGUACGACUAGGGAUUCCGCAAACAUAGAUCUGAUAUGGGAGCAUUUUUCCGAUAAAGAAAAAUAUAACUUAUCGUCUAAAUGUACGAAUGUUGUGGCCAAUGUCGAUAUUCCUGAGGUCUUACGCUUUGGGGACAUCAUUCAGGAUAUUAACAAAGACUACUACGCCAAGUCCGCUGCUGUCUUAGUUAGAUCUAUGAGAGAGACUACAGAUAUUGUUCGCCGCUUUAUACGCGACUCUAAAAGCAAUGGAGGCCGAAAGAUGCUUAGUACAGGCAACUUAGCAGAUUAUCUCCCUACCGUAAACCGCCAUGUGCUGCCACUUAUACAGAGCCUAGGAACGCUAAGCAAAAUUAUACAAGAUCUUAAAGAAGAUAAGACUUAG